GUUACAACUUCACUGUAGCGAUCGACGACGUACUGUACGCCGGUACGCGUAUAAUAUAUAAACAUUGUAAACACGUCGGUUUUUAGCGAAGCAUUUUGCAUAAACCUUCUGAACUGAUCCUAACUAAUUGUUCUGUAUUCAAAAUAUUUUUGGAUUCUUAUAAAUUAUAUACCGAGAUUUUCUUUAUCUGCGACACGGUCACAACAUCUGCACAAUGUGUUCGUUACCGCUCUUUGGAAUUGCUCUAUUGAUAUCGCUGCUGGUAGCGCGCAGUGUCACGAUGCCGGUUUUAUCCAGCGCUGAUGGUGAUUUUGUAUUCGAUGACCUUUCCGGCCAGCCAAACGGGCAUGAGCGACAUAAACGUGAUCAUUCCAAAGAAUACUGGAGAUAUUACGGAUACGGAGGAACGGGACUGUACAAUCCAUACGCUUACGCUGCACCUCUGACUUCCGAUGCUGCAGGUCUGCUAACUGGGUUGACGUUGCAAAGAGCAAUAACGGGUGAUGCUUCGGCAACGUUAAGUCCUUCAGCGCAAGGCCUUCUAGCCGGCAUGGCACUACAAAGGGCACUCUAUGGAGGAUGACUUGCCCAAAAUGAAAAUAUACUCCUGGAUUUUACAGCCUAAUAUACUGCAGUACUUCAGCGCUCUUAACGAUACACCUGUACAUCUGCAGUUGCAGUGGUGGCGUUUGAAAAAUUGGCACGAAAAUACCGUUCCUUAUACUUAUAGAAAUACUUACCAUUAGGAUAUUCUGGGAUCACAUUUCUGGCAUAUACUAAUUACAGCAUGAUUAUGGUCAGAUACAGAAUAUGUGCUGAAUUUCAGUAUUGUUAACUUAAAUUCUAUUUUGACAUGACGGAAAUGUAUUCAGUCGAUGUGUAAAGUAUUUUUGUACAGUGUAAAUAAUAGUUAUGUAAUAUAAAGCCUUCGUUCUUCGUACAUACAUUAAAGCGAUUGAUAUAAAUGAUG